GAGACCACGAAUUAAGCUUCAUCCCCACUACAUUAAUCUUUGAUGUUCAAUAUUUGGAUAAGAUAUUUCUUUAUUUGUUUGUCCCUACUUGGAGUUGCUGUCAGUGUUGAAGUUGUUGGGAUUUCGAUACUUUCCUCGAUAGACAUGAAAUUGCUUGAAUCGAAAAAUGUGUUUUCGUCUGAGAUAUUCCAUUUGGGAAGAACAUACUCGACGCCGUUUUUGAAUUUCAGGCACAUACUUGGCGUUAACUACUCUCCACAGUUCUGUUCUUGCAGAGGAAUAUUUCUGAAGGCUUCCGGUUCAAGUACUUCACAUAAUAAACUCUCAGAAGAAUCAUUUUCAUAUCAGGUCAAUGGAACAAGUGGGACUAGUUCAAUGCCUUAUUCUAGAGAUUUGAGAGUACUUGAUGCAUUUGACGAUGAGUAUGAGGGAGUUGUUGUUGAUCCACAAAAAUUGCCAGCUAACCCAGUUGCCUUUGCUUCUAUCCUUCAUGCCUCUCUGUCUCACUGGAAAAAGAUGGGAAAGAAGGGAGUUUGGCUUAACUUACCGGUGGAACGAUCUGAGCUUGUUCCUAUUGCUGUAAAGGAAGGGUUCCAAUACCACCAUGCGGAGCGAGGAUAUGUGAUGUUAACAUACUGGAUACCUGAAGGGCCUUGCAUGCUUCCUGCUAAUGCUUCACAUCAAGUAGGGGUUGGGGGAUUUGUCGUUAAUGACAGGAAUGAGGUUCUUGUAGUGCAAGAGAAACACUGUGCUCCAGCUUUUUUUGGUCUUUGGAAAAUACCGACUGGUUUUAUUCUUGAGUCAGAGGAGAUUUUUACAGGAGCUGUAAGAGAAGUCAAGGAGGAAACUGGGAUUGAUACUGAAUUUAUGGAAGUUAUAGCAUUCAGGCAUGCACAUAAUGUGGCUUUUGAAAAGUCAGAUUUGUUCUUCACCUGCAUGCUAAGACCCCUAUCAACUCAUAUCAUCGUCGAUGAUCUUGAAGUUCAAGCAGCUAAGUGGAUGCCCCUAGUUGAGUUUGUGGAGCAACCACUUAUACGCGAAGACCACAUGUUCAAGAAAAUCAUCGACAUCUGCAUUGCCCGCCUAGGGAAGCGGUAUUGUGGCUUAUCUGCUCAUACAGUGGUAUCCAAAUUUGAUGGCAUGCCAUCUUCCCUGUACUACAAUGUUGUAGAAACUCAAGAUUCCAAUUGUACAGGCAGUUGAAUGAAGCUGUUGCAGUCGGUACUUUGCAUUGCCACACAAUCCUCCUUCUUGUGUAUAACAUGUAAAUAUGACAGUGCUCUUUCUAAUGUAUAUUGUCUUUUAAUGUUA